GUCGUGUGUCCCGGCGGAAGAGUGGAGGGAGUCGACUGAAAGGUCGCAGCUGGAAUCGAAGGGAAAACAAAGCGGCGCAGCCUGGCGCUGGAGAACCGGAGACACGCCAGUCACCACGGAUACAGCUGGAGCCAACGCAGCGGCCGGGGCGCAGCAACCUUCGCUGCCUCCGCCGCCUCCUCCGACGAGGAUGUCGCGCAGGAAGAGAAAUGCAGGCAGCAGUUCUGACGGAACCGAAGACUCCGAUUUCUCUACCGAUCCAGAACAUACAGACAGUUCAGAAAGUGAUGGAAUGACGCGCCAGUCAGCCCGGGUGACCCGCUCCUCUGCCAGGCUCAGCCAGAGCUCUCAAGAUUCCAGUCCAGUUCGUAAUCCCCCGUCGUUUGGAGCAGAAGAACCUGUUUAUUCUACCAGAAGGGUAACCCGCAGUCAGCAGCAGCCUGCUCCCGUGACGCCCAAAAAAUAUCCACUCCGGCAGACCCGCUCAUCUGGAUCUGAAACGGAGCAAGUGGUUGACUUUUCUGAUAGAGACACUAAAAAUGCUGCUGACCAUGAUGAGUCCCCACCCCGCACACCAACUGGGAACGCCCCAUCCUCAGAGUCCGACAUCGAUAUCUCCAGUCCCAACAUGUCUCAUGACGAGAGCAUCGCUAAGGAUAUGUCCAUGAAGGAUUCUGGGAGUGACCUGUCUCAUCGCCCCAAACGCCGUCGCUUCCACGAAAGCUACAACUUCAACAUGAAGUGUCCCACCCCUGGCUGCAAUUCUCUAGGACACCUUACAGGGAAACACGAGAGACACUUCUCCAUAUCUGGAUGUCCGCUGUAUCAUAACCUUUCCGCUGAUGAGUGCAAGGUGAGAGCGCAGAGCCGUGACAAACAGGUAGAGGAAAGGAUGCUGUCCCACCGACAAGAUGACAAUAACCGGCAUGCCACCAGACACCAGGCACCAACUGAAAGGCAGCUGAGAUACAAAGAGAAAGUAGCAGAGAUGAGGAAGAAGAGGAAUGCAGGGCUGACAAAGGAGCAGAAGGAAAAAUAUAUGGAGCACCGGCAAACCUACGGCAACACCCGAGAACCCCUCUUAGAGAACUUGACCAGUGAAUACGACCUCGAGCUUUUCCGCCGAGCACAAGCCAGAGCCUCCGAGGACUUGGUAAAAGCCAAAUUAGAAGGCAGAGUUUUUGAAGGCAGCAACAUGAUUAAGACCAUUGCCUUCGGCCGCUAUGAGCUGGACACCUGGUACCAUUCUCCCUACCCGGAGGAGUACGCACGGCUGGGGCGUCUCUACAUGUGCGAGUUCUGCCUCAAGUACAUGAAGAGCCAGACGAUACUACGCAGGCACAUGGCCAAGUGCGUCUGGAAGCAUCCUCCUGGGGACGAGAUUUACCGCAAGGGCUCCAUUUCGGUGUUUGAAGUAGACGGGAAGAAGAACAAGGAGAAGAAUUCGUUCCUCAACUACAACGUUUCCUGCAUCCUGACGAUGCCUCAGUACAUGAGACAGGGUUAUGGCAAAAUGCUUAUCGACUUCAGCUAUUUACUUUCCAAAGUGGAAGAGAAGGUUGGCUCCCCAGAACGGCCACUUUCAGACCUGGGCCUUAUCAGCUACCGUAGCUAUUGGAAGGAGGUCCUUCUUCGGUAUUUGCAUAACUUCCAAGGCAAAGAAAUAUCUAUCAAAGAGAUCAGCCAGGAGACUGCUGUCAACCCUGUCGACAUCGUUAGCACCCUACAAGCUCUUCAGAUGCUUAAGUAUUGGAAGGGCAAACAUCUGGUCUUAAAGAGACAGGAUCUUAUUGACGAGUGGAUAGCCAAAGAGGCCAAAAGGUCCAACAGCAAUAAAACCAUGGAUCCCAGCUGUUUGAAAUGGACCCCUCCCAAAGGAACUUAAUGGACCCACCUCUCCAGGAAGCGUGGGUGUCCCACCUGCCGCCGCCACCGUCCCCUUUCCCAGCAUUGAGACCUGCCCCGUGGGAAUCAGUGGAUGUGUCGUUGGUACCAAACCCCCUCUUCCAUGUGCUCUCCAGGUUGCCCUGUUCUGUCUGGGGCUGCUGGACCCCAGUCCCCUUGUACACGACAGCCGAUCCUGCUUCGGAGAAAUUUUCUUGCACGCUGGCCUCGGGUGAGGAUGCCAAGAUCUGAGGGCUUUGUGCACAGCGCCGAGGUGGUCCCGAGGUGCAGCCGUGCUGGCUAGUUUUGUCUUUUCCCACCCACUGCUCCUUGAGCCUCGGAGGUCAUCUUCGCCCCUAGCGGGAGGUGUCUUGUGUCUCAGCAUCUUACUGGUUCCGGCCUCCCUGCUCCCACAGCCACUUUGUAAGUGUGAACGCCUUGCCUCCCACCCACCCUCCAGGCACUAGUGGAAAGAAAUCAACACCCAUUUGGGCUGUCUCGGGAUACACAACGUGCUGCAUCCAUCAGCAGGUCUGAGCAUGGCCCAGAUCUCGUCACAGGAGUCCGUGCAUGGAGCCUUCCACACCUCACGGUUCUUUCUGUCUCCCUCAACACACACUGUCCUCAAGGGCUCUGGUUUCAGGGCUGAGGGGACACCAUUCCUACCGUUCUGUUCCUUUCUGUUUCGUGUCAUUCCUUUUCGGUCAGAAUGUUUAGGUGGUCCGUCUGCACCAGGCCCUUCCUUCGCAGGGGGGUUGCACAGCUGAUUCCCCACGACAGUGUGUGCGUGGCAUGUCCUGGCACCUGAUGUGCCACUGAGUGAACUCGUACUUGCAGGGCCUCGUUGGGAGCGAGGGAUGCCACCACCUGAGAAGCAUUCACGUUCAGCAAGGUCCUCCUUAGCUAGCCAGUCUGUACACACACUUUGGAAGAAUUUGGUUGGUUUUCUUUUCUUUUUUAAUUGCAGGGAGUGAGAGUCUCCAGAUCAGCACCCAACCCCUCAGCAAAGUGCCUUCUGCCCUGGCCUUCCUCGCCCUUUUUUGGCUUUCCUUCUGAUCCAAAGAAAGCCACAGCCCAAGGGAGAGACGUCUUCAGCAGCGUCAGUUGGGCAGCAGCUGCUGAAGAGGCUGCCCCAGCGUCAGCCCGCACACCCACGGCGACUUGCUUCCAGACCCGGCGUGGCUUCUCACUUGUGGGGAGGCCACCAAAUCUAGGGCGGCUUGAGCUGCUGGCUGCAGGGUCAAAUCUCCACCUGGGGGCAUUUUGCGUGGCAGCUGUGCCGACCUGGCAGCAGGCCAGUGGUCCUGCAUUCUUUUUUUUUACCGUUUGCAGCCCCUCGUCUGCUGUUCCUGGGCCAUCCAGGGCCGACAGCUUGUUCUCCGUCACAGCCUCGGUCUGUCUGACCAUUGGUCACUUUGCAGAGUGUUAC